AUGGAGAGUCCUCAUGAGCAUCAGCAGAACCUACUGCUUUCCCGUAUCAUCACCAACGUGGAGAAACUCAAUGAGGCCGUUGUCGUUAUGAACAAGAGUCUUCAGGAUAUAAACAUCCAGAACAUGAACGUUGAGCUAGUUGCGCAAAUGUUCAAGAACUACCAAUCCAACGUCCUAUUCCACCUAGAGGCAACGGAUAACCUGAAACCUCCGAACUAA